AUGUCCGACUACGAGUACGACUCGGGCAAUGAGUCCUCGAACGAGGAGGACGACGACGACCUGGAGGAGGACGACGGCGUGCUCCUCGCCCUGGAGCCGGAGAGCAACCACGCGGAGCAGGACAGCCUCGACUACGACGACUACCCGCACUCGGUGUUCAACUGUGACCAGAUCAUCGAGGAGAUGAUCGCCAGCAUUCGCGAGGUGAACACGGUGGUUCAGCUGCCGCAAACCAUCACGCGGAUUCUACUUAACCACUUCAAGUGGGACAAGGAGAAGCUGUACGAGCACUACUACGCGGGUGACCAGGAGAAGCUCUUCUGCGAGGCGCGCAUCGUCAAUCCGAACAAGGCGCCCGGUGCUGUUAGCAGCAGUAGUAGCGGCAGUGGCAGCGGCAGUAGCAGUGGCAGCUUAAUACAGAAAUCAGCUCGCAGCGGGUACGAGUUUUGCGUCAUCUGCUGCGCCGAGUUUCAGACCAGCCUAAUGACGGGCAUCGCCUGCGGCCACCGCUUCUGCAAGGACUGCUGGACGCACUACCUGACGACGAAGAUCAUGGAGGAGGGCCAAGGGCAGACGAUUGCCUGCGCCGCCCACGGCUGUGAUAUUCUGGUCGACGACCAGACCGUCUUCAACCUCAUUACCGACGCGGUGAAACUGCGCUACCAGCAGCUCAUUACCAACAGCUACGUUGAGUGUAAUCGCCUUCUGCGGUGGUGCCCCAAGCCCGAGUGUUCCCGGGUGAUUCGCGUCGAGUACGUCGACUUUAAGCCCGUCAAGUGCUUGUGCAACUCGGUUUUCUGCUUUCUCUGCGCCGAAAGCUGGCACGAACCAAUUAAAUGUGAUCUGCUGAAGAGGUGGAAGAAGAAGUGCGACGACGACAGCGAGACCUCCAACUGGAUCGCCGCCAACACCAAGGAGUGCCCGCGCUGUCAGGUGACCAUCGAGAAGGACGGCGGCUGCAAUCACAUGAUCUGCAAGAACUCCUCCUGUCAGUUCCACUUUUGCUGGAUCUGCCUCGGCCCCUGGGCCCCACACGGCAGCAGCUGGUACAGCUGCAACCGCUUCGACGAGGACGAGGCGAAGGCGGCCCGCGACGCCCAGGAGCGCUCCCGGUCGGCGCUGCAGCGGUACCUCUUCUACUGCAACCGCUACAUGAACGCCAUGCAGUCGCUCAAGUUCGAGAAUAAGCUCUACGAGGCGGUGAAGGCGAAGAUGGAGGAGAUGCAGCACCACAACAUGAGCUGGAUCGAGGUGCAGUUCCUCAAGAAGGCCGUGGACAUUCUCUGCCAGUGCCGGCAGACGCUGAUGUACACCUACGUCUUCGCCUACUACCUGGUGAAGAACAACCAGUCGAUCAUCUUCGAGGACAACCAGAAGGACCUGGAGAGCGCCACGGAGAAGCUCAGUGAGUAUCUGGAGCGGGACAUCACGCAGGACAACAUCUCGGCGAUCAAGCAGAGGGUGCAGGACAAGUCGAGGUAUUGCGAAUCGAGGCGUCGGGUGCUGCUGAACCACGUGAAGGAGGGCUACGACAAGGACCUGUGGGAGUACCUCGCCUAG